CCUGGGUAGAUCAAAAAUAAACUCAGCCGAGAGAGACACAGCACCGUAGCUUCCAAGGAACAAACAAGAAGCACAAAAGGGACAGACCCCGAUCCUGAACCCAAAGACCCAAAGAAGACCCUAAGGACCUCAGAGGAUUUUAAGGAACAAAUCCCCAAGCAAUCGAGCCCACACCCACACCAUGGAUAUCCAGACCAGCCAAGUGGUGCGACCUCCCAGCCCGAUGGAGAGCCUUGAGAGGCAGCUGAGCUGCCCCAUCUGCCUGGACAUGUUCACCAAGCCCGUGGUCAUCCUGCCCUGCCAGCACAACCUCUGUCGCGGCUGCGCCAGCGACCUCUACGACUCCCGCAACCCCUACCACUACUCCGGGGGCAUCUUCCGCUGCCCCACCUGUCGCUUCGAGGUGGUGCUGGACCGCCACGGCGUCUACGGCCUGCAGAGGAACCUGCUGGUGGAGAACAUCAUCGACCUCUACAAGGCCCAGCAGGAGAAGGGCGGCGAGAGCGUGGGCGGAGGGUCUCCGGAGCCUCCGAUGAAGGACAAGGACACCAAGGAGGCCAAGUGCAAGGAGCACGAGGACGAGAGGAUCAACAUCUACUGCGUCACCUGCCAGACCCCCACCUGCUCCAUGUGCAAGGUGUUCGGCCAGCACAAGGACUGCGAGGUGACCACGCUGGAGAGCGUCUACCAGACCCAGAAGGCCGAGCUGCGCAACGCCGUGGAAAUGCUCGCGGCGGGCAACAGCUGCGUCCAGGCGGUCAUGGCCCAGCUGGACGACAUGAGCAAGAGCAUCCAGGAGAACGGGGAGCUGCAGAAGAGACACCUGAGCGAGAGCUUCGACCUGCUCUACGCCAUCCUGGAAGAGCGCAAGGGCCAGCUGGUGGAGAAGAUCAGCCAGGAGGAAGAGGAGAAGGUCCAGGUGAUCAGGUCUCUAGUGGAACAGCACAAGGUGCAUCUUGAGGCUAGCAACCAGCUGAAGGAGAGGGCGUCGAAGAGUUUGGAGCUGGGAGGGGCGGCGGAGUUCCUGGUGAGCGCCAAGGAGCUGAUGUCCCAGGCCAAGGAGGUAGCCAGGGGAGCCCAGGUACAGAGGCCAGAGCCAGGCUACGAAAGCAUGGACCACCUCGUCGUAAACACAGAGGAUGUGGAGGUCCUUCUAGCCCAGAUGGACUUUGGAGUCAAUGAUGACGAUGUAGAGUCAGAAGAAGACGAAUAGGAGGAGGAAUAAUGACUUUCCCUUUCAAGACAAAGACUUUUAGUAGAAGUAUGGGAAAGUUGAAGUAAAGACU